AUGGAUCGAUUUGAACCAGUCGAUCCGCCUUCAUUCAGAUAUCGUCCAGGAAGCAAGUCCCGAGUCUCUUAUUUCUAUGACGACGAUGCCGGACAAUACGCCUACUAUCCUGGGCAUCCGAUGAAGCCUUUUCGUAUACGAUUGGCGCAUGAAUUGAUCACUACGUAUGGAGUUCAUCGGAAAAUGCAGGUUUAUCGUGCGAAAAGGGCUACUGCAAUGGAAAUGACGCAGUUCCAUACGGAUGACUAUGUCGAUUUCUUGCGUCGUAUUACUCCCGACAACAUCCGCCAGUUUCCUUCGGCACAUGCGGAGUUCGGCAUCUGGGAGGAUAAUCCCGUCUUCGAGGGAUUGUACGAAUUCUGUUCUAUUAGCGCUGGAGGCAGCAUGGAAGGUGCUGCACAUUUGAAUCAUGGCAAAUGUGAUAUUGCUAUUAAUUGGGCGGGUGGUUUACACCAUGCCAAAAAGUCAAUGGCCAAUGGAUUUUGCUACAUAAAUGAUAUCGUAUUAGGAAUACUGGAACUCCUGCGAUUCCACCAAAGAGUUUUAUAUAUUGAUAUUGAUGUCCACCACGGUGAUGGUGUAGAAGAGGCAUUCCUCACUACGGAUCGGGUGAUGACAGUUUCAUUUCAUCGUUUUGGCGAUUUUUUCCCUGGUACAGGCGAUAUCCGCGAUAUUGGCGUCAACCGUGGACGUUACCAUGCCGUCAAUGUCCCUCUACGCGACGGAAUUGAUGAUGCCAGCUAUAAAUCUAUCUUUCAGCCUAUUAUUUGCGGCAUCAUGAAACACUUUCGCCCGGAAGCCAUAGUGAUGCAAUGCGGCUCUGAUAGUCUAUCUGGCGACCGCCUUGGGAGUUUUAAUUUGAGUAUGGAAGGGCAUGCUAAUUGUGUCAGUUUUGUCAAGACUUUCGGCAUUCCUAUGCUUGUGUUGGGUGGCGGUGGCUAUACCGUCCGCAAUGUAGCUCGUGCGUGGGCCAACGAGACAGCGGUUUUGGCUGAAGAAGAGUUAUCACCGGUUAUUCCGUACAAUACUUUUUACGAGCAUUUCGCCCCCGACUACAUGUUAGAAGUGAAACCAUCAAACAUGGACAAUCUCAACACGUACGAAUACCUUGAGGGUCUCAAGGUUGAAAUCCUAGAAAAUCUGAGAGAAAUAGACUUUGCACCCUCCGUGCAAAUGCAGGACGUUCCUUUGACCCCUCUCGGGGUAUUUGAUCCACUCGAGUGGCAGUUAGAAAAUGAGGAGACUCGUACUUGGAUCAACAAAUCACAGCCAACUAUAGCCAACUACAUCACUCCCUCCAUGCAUGAAUUCCUGAAGGGAUUGAUCCCUAAGCGACAAGCUCACAAUGAACCCAUUAGUCGUCAAACUAAGCUGCGACGAAUGCCGUCAACGCAAGACAAAAUGCGACAAGGGAUCCCCAUGUUCAGCCUGCAAACAUGCAGGAACAAGCUGUACGGCAGUCCAGCUGGCAAUGCCAGGAAGCAGACGGUCUUGGAGUCAAGAGUCUCUCAGCUGGAAGAUCUAGUUAAGCUACUAGAGUCCCAAAUUGAGAGGAAUGAUAAUACUAGGAUGGAAUUAUCGACCUCUGAGUUUGAUCUGCCUAACCCACUGCCGAUACCUGUCAAAGCUAAUGCAAUGUUGGCGAAGGAUUUCUUUGCCAAACUUUCACAUGAGGUAGCAGGCAUUAGAGAGGUCCUUGACGACUCAAAUGAAGGCAAUAGCAGCUUCAUGUCACCAGAACCGUUAGGCAAAACGGGACCUUCUUCAACAUCAAUACUAUUUGGCUAUCAGCCUUCUAUAAGCGAUGAUGAAUUACUGGCACCCCCGGCCGAAAAUGUCAGAGAAAUCCUUCUAGAUAUCUAUCACGACCGCGUCGACUGUCUUUUCAAAGCUACCUACUGGCCUGCAGCUGAGACCGCUAUUCACAGAAAAUAUGGACCGGACAAACAGUAUUCGCCGUCUCCCGUUAUCCAUGCUGUGGAGCGUGCUGUUUACUUCAUGGCAAUAUGCACAAUGACUGAAAGCGAAUGUGAUGCUAUGCUUUCUGAAAGUAAAAGCAGUCUAAUUUAUCGACAUCAGCGAUCUGUGGAAGUUGCUUUGGCUCGCUCGGAGUUUUUCACGAAUCCCGAUAAACUUGCCUUGCAAUCUUUUGUCCUUUACUUGAUGGGACUAAGAGUCUGCUCACAGUAUGCCAUGUCAUGGACACUAUUGGCACUCGCUAUCAGGAGUGGAAAUGCCUUGGGUCUUCCGAUAACGGGAACUGAAACUGGCCAAGAAAAAGAAGUAUGCGAACACAGGUCAGUUGGUGACGACUUGAAAAUGCGUCUCUGGUAUUGUAUAGGAAUGCUGGAUUCUCAAACCUCUAUUGAUCGCGGCACUCGGCCUAUGAUGACACUCAGGGACUUUGAGAUGAAACCGUUAAUCAUCAAUCACGAAGCUGGUAAAUAUGCACAACCUUCCAAGCGCCAGGAAUUAUCCUGGGACAUGGCAUUCUCGCAUGUGAUUCACGAAGCCACUAUAUGUUCUAGGAGGUUGAUGGAAUUCCCACCGGAUGUGGCUGGUUCAUGGGAAUCGUGGCCCAAGAAGCUUCAGGUUAUUUCAGAGUUUGAGACAUAUAUACGACAAUACUGCUCACAACUUGAGGGCUGUCCGCACCAGCUUCAACGCUUCAUACAAUUUACUGCGGAGGAUAUCGUGUUGAAUAUGCAUCUUCUCCUUCGCCGACCACCAUAUCCUAGCAAAAACAGUCCUUUCCCUCCAUGGGAUAAGUUUGAUGUUCUGAAAGUCACCACGGAGAUUAUGGAGCGAACUCUGUGGAAAGCAAGUGAUAGUGCCUUUGCUCCAUGGGCAUGGCUUUCUAAAACGUGGCUUAAAUGGCAGGUUCUGGCAGUCUUGCUUGCAGAACUCUGUACACCACGCUAUGGAGAACUUGGCGAUCGAGCUUAUCGAGUUGCAAAGAGAGGGUUUGACUAUUGCUCUUCAUUGAUGGCAGAAAGCGACCUCGCAACGGUACUGAAGCCACUUGAGAAGCUCAUGGCCAGGGUAAAUAAAGUCCGGGCUGGUAUGUUGAGCGAGCAGAGGUCUUCAAGCUUGUCAACUGUUACAGGAAUAGACACCCCAGGUCACAUCCCGGUUGAGAGCAAUUCGCAUCUAAUACUUCCCUCCGGUGUAUCAGGCUCAACUGGAUUUCCGUACAAUGAUAACAACACGAAUUCCACAGAGGCAUUUUCCACCACCGACAAAUCCGCACAAGCUGCAUCGUAUAUGAAUGGCAAUAUCAGUAUUGAUGCAUCUUGGCUUAAUUGGAAUGAUUUCUUGAGCGAAAUGGGUGAUGUUUGGACCGCCGACCUUAACACAGAAUACUAUAACAGUGUGGACUCCUCGACACUGUGA